UGGCCUGCUGGUUAAGAUAUCUGUCCCGGGCAAGUCUGGAAGAUUGUGAGUUGAUCCUCGUGAAGUGUGUGGCUUAAUGAAAGACUUCAUAUUGAUCUUUUCUUGUACGAAAAAUGAUCUAAAAUGUUCUUCUUUUGCAAAGAAGAAACUCUAAAUAAGUGCUUUCCGAAAAACCCAUCGCUACAGUAAACAAAAUGAAAAAUUUCAUUUAGAAAGCAUCUUAACUAUGGAAAUUAAAUGACAUAAGUCUUGUUACAUGAGAAAUGGCUCGAGAUAGUCGAGAUUGAAAGAGGGAGAAAAUAUUUUCACAUAGAGCUGAUGUAGUAUUUUCUAGUGGUCUAAAAAUUUAUCAAAAUUUUGUUAAUUUCAAUCAGUUUCAUCCAAAAAGGUGGACUUCAGGAAUACUUAAUAAACUGUUCAAAAUUCAGAUCAAUUUUUUCCAAAUGAGAGCAUAUUUGCAAACUGCUAGAAAACUUAUGUAUUGCCUUGCAAUCUUCUCAGAAAAACACAUUUUUGCAUUUGACUGAAAACCUUUUCUUCAACGUCGAAGACGACUACAUUUGCAACACUUGUUCGAAAGUAAAGAUCUUGAGGAAAAAUGAAAAACAUUUUGAAGAAAAAAUAAAAAUUGAAAGAUCUUUCUCGUCGAUUAGACUAAUGUAAAUGUUAGUUUUCCUCGAGUCACAACACUUUAACCGAAUUUUUCGAUGAUUCUGUUUUGCUCUGCCAACUUUUCAAAAAGAAAAACCUUCUUACAUUUAAGUCAGUAGAUCCAGUGACGCUUGUGCUACCAAAAGCGACAAUCUUACUGAAAAUUAUUAACAGUGAAGCCGUUUGCAAAGAAAAAUCAAUAUUUCACAGAAAAAAAAUUGCCCAUUUCUACAAAAAGUACGUCCGUAUCAUAGACCAAAACGAGUCAGAAAAAUCAAGAUUCGACUCGAGUCGAGUUGUCGAGUAUCAACUAAAAAAUUAUGAAACAGUCACUAUUCAUCACAAAUUCAUAUUUGUCCAGAUAUCCACAAUUUUACUUUUCUUUUUAAGUAUAUCUACUUAUAUCUGUUCAAUUGCGAAACGCUUUUCUUAUAUUCACUGGAAAAUGUUAGAUUAUAAUCAGACUUUUGCGAAACAAGACCAAGUUUAUAAUUGAUUGAAAUCUGCGAAAUCAAUAAUUUUGAUUUUUAUCAAAAUUAUAGCUGACUUCGAAGAUUAACUUUGAUUAAAAUUACACUUUUUUAAUCUGAAAGAUUUCAAUCGAUUAUAAAUCAGAUUUUGUUUCAAAAAAUCCGAUUACAAUCUGACAUUUUUCACGGGGUAUGAUUCACACAACUUACUAAAGUUUCUCAAAAAUCAAAUUGGCUAAUAUUUGCAAAUCUUUAAAAUGAUCCAUUGCUUAUUCUACUGUACGUACGCUAAUGAUAACUUGCCUCCUAGAAUACGCUGUAUCUCAAGCUGUCAUAUGUGGAAACCAUUGAAUUACAUGAUAAUUAGGCAUCUAAAGCGAGUAAAAAAGAUAUGAAGGGAACGGAUGAAGAUAAUACGAAACAGCCAAUGAAUGAGUCUACGAUUUAAUUUGAGCGUAAAAUUUUCUGAGUGCAAACAGAUCAAAAGUCUACAUGAAGAGUUGAACAAAGAACAAAUGGCUAUUCAUUUACUUCGAAAUGUACAAAAAAAUCGAAUAUUAUAUCCAUCUCUUACUGCUCUCAAUCGAAAAAAAACAUAAUUUUAGAUAUUUAUGGAGUUGAAUUUUGCAUGUCUGACUCGACUUGGUUUGAGUCGAGUCGAAUUCCCGAAUAUUCGACUCGGUUUCGAUCUAUGGUCCGAAUAGUUAUUGAUCGUUGCGAAGCGAAAAAUUUUCGCAUUCAUUUGAACUUUUCUCGUUAAAAGUUAUCAUUUGACUUUGGAUUUUGUCAAAGAAAGCGUUGUAGUCCUCCGCAUUAUCAAACACUUCUCUUCCAACGAAAGUGAAGAAGCAAUUUUUGAUUUUUGAGGAAGAAAUCGGAUUAAUCACCGAUCCGCUGAGUUUGGCAUCUUCUUCGUUAGCUGACUCUAUCUUUGUUACUUUCUCAUCCAUUUGCUUAUUUCUGAUCGAGCCAUUAAAAUAAAAACUUCAACAUUUCAUUUUAAUCGUUCAUCAAAAAUUCAAUUUGACUUUCCAGGCGGAAUUAGCGAGUCAAUAGAAAAGACGAGUUCAAAUAGAUGCAAUCGUAAGAUACUUGCAAGCUUUUUAAUCUGUUCACAUCUCUAGAAAAUGAUUUAAGGUUCUGCAGGCAGUUUUUCGAAUUUUGUUAAAAGAUGGUUCAUAAGUAGUGUAAAGUAGAAAAGGGUUCAAAUGGGGUACAAAUUUUUGUGGGGUAUAAAAGGGCGAAAUGCGGUGCUGUACCUCAAAAUGGGGUACAGAUGGCCACCCUGAUGAGGGAUCUAAAACAAUCUUAUAUCAGAAACUGAGAAGAUUCUGAUAAGCAUCCUAUCAGUUUUUACUAAAACGUUUUUGUGUAGGAUUUCUAGAGGUGCAGAUACGUCUUAAAGUGUUCGCAAGACUUUUCUUUUCAAUUAAAGACGUCUCGCGACUCUCUGCAUGAUUUUUAGUAUAAAUCUAUACAACAAAAUGAAGAAAACUUAUUAUAAAAUUUUGUUAUGGGUUUUCUAAAGUAUCUGAAAAAUUUUCUCUUUGUCAUCUUACGUUAAAAAUGUAAAAAUACGCAUUUUUAUCAGACAAAAUACAUUUUUCCAAAUUUUUUCCUGCGAGUAGCACUUUUAGUGAUUGAAGAACUUCUUAAUUGCUUGUUGUAUAUACUUUGCUUGUGAGAAUACGCUUAAAACUUUUCGGCAAAGAGUUGAGUGAAUCAAAGACAAACGUUAAUUAUUGUCUAUGCUUUAGAUGGCGAAAUUUUUGCUACAUUAUUCGGUCUCAAGCCGUGUACUCUAUUAGCACAUUACGAAAUGCCUGGAUAUGCCACAGGUCUUGUUGAGAAAGCACUAAAACCAAUGUUUGAUGAAUUUCAAUUAGAAAAACAAGGAUUCGAAUUAUGGAAAUUGAAACCACCACUGACAGAACUUUACAAAGGUGGUUGGAUGUUCGUGAAUAAAAGACACGAACGAUAUUUACUUGUGAAACAAAUUUUUACGACCACCUCUUCAUCUAUCAAUACGGUCGAUAUUGGACGUGCACUUGGUUAUCCACUACCAUAUGGGAAAUAUACAAUUCAAUAUAUGGAUGAUACUGAAUCGAAGGAACGUAAUACAUGUUGUGUGCCGAUGGUAGAAUAUACGGUUGGUGAAGGAAAUUUUGAUACUAUUCUCCGGCAUUUUGAUCAAUAUGCAAAAUUAUGGCAAAAAAUUGGCAGAAACCUGACUAUCGAUCUCUCUGAACACCCAUCAAUGGAAAAAUGGUUUAUGGCCAUACAAAAUGGACAAAAAAAAUAG